AUGUCACGUGAUCAUAACUCUGCUCCACCGACCAAGGUUCGGAGCAUCAUGACCGAGCGUCUUCCACGUCCACGGCUACGUCUGGUGAGGAACAAGCAGGCGGAAUCAAGGUUGACCAUGGGGCAACGGCCAAUUGAAGUAGGCCGCAUGAACGACAAAGAAUCUCGAGACCUUCUCCAUACGAAGCUCGAACACGUGGACUUCGCCAGUGCCGCAUUAUCUACGCUCACGACGCGACUCGAGGGACUGCCACUCGCGCUCGUUCAGGCGGCCGCGUUCAUUCAGGAGAAGUCUAUCACCAUUGACCAGUAUCUCAAGCUACUGGAUGAAAGCGAUCAUAGCCUCGUCGAUCUACUGAGCCAGGAGUUUGAGACGGUUGGGCGAGACUCCGAGACGCCUCGAGCGGUAGCUGCAACAUGGAUGCUCUCCUUCCAGCAGAUCAAUCGACAGGAUGAGCUGGCAGGCCAACUUCUCUCGGUCAUGAGCUUCUUCGACUGUCAGGGCAUCCCAAUGGCGUUCUUGUCACACUACAGCGAGCAGGAACGAAACGGGGGCCCUAAGAGCGUGAUGCAGUUGACAAAAUCAUUAGGCGUCCUAAAGUCAUUCUGCCUAGUAAGCGAAGAGAAGAACGGGCGUCUCGAUAUGCACCGGCUGGUACACUUGGUCACACGGAAAUGGCUACACAAAGAGGGCAGGAUCAGGCAAUUUGAGAGGGAAGCACUAUCGACAGUUUCAAGUUCUUAUCCAUUCGGUGAUUACGAGAACCGGACGGUCUGUACUGAGUAUCUUCCACAUGCCAUGGCAGUGCUGAAAGUGGAGGUACCCACAUCAUCAGACAGGGCAAAAAAUAAGGCAUCUUUGCUCCACUGUGUUGCUGGUCAUCUGGACUUUGAGGGCAAGUGGAAGGACCCCGAGAUUCUUUUUUUACAGGCGACACGAAUGAGAAAGUAUGUGCUGGGCGACGAGCAUCCCUCGACGCUGACCAGCAUGGCCAACCUGGCGUCGACGUACAGGAAUCAGGGUCGGUAG